AUGGCGUGGAAAUAUCAAGAAGACAAUCUUGAUGAAAUGAGAAAUCUACGUUAUUUCGAUAUUGAGGAUGAACCACGUAAAAUGUUAUUACCGAUAGAAGGUUAUGAAUUGGUUCCACUUAUGUCACUCGAAAUGGCUGUGAAACCACUUGAACAGCUCAUUCCCGAUAUUCAACGAAAAGUCUAUGUCGCUAAAGAAAACAGUCAAGAGCCACAAGACUCGCUCAGUAAAGAUGAAUCAGGAUCGAUACAUUUGUACACAAUGGAGUGGGAACCUCAUUCACAGUGUCUUUACUUCGUUCUAAACACAGCACUACGCGCCGAAAAUCGACAAGAAUUGAAACCGUUCUUCCCUUAUUUGAAACUUUUUCUAAUUGCGCUAUUAAAACUCCCAUCCGAGAAACGUACCGUAUGGCGAGGUGUCAAGCUCAACUUGAGUGAACAGUAUGUGAAAGGAAAUACGGUAACGUGGUGGGGCUUAAGUUCUUGCACCGAAUCCAUUAGUGUGCUCGAGUCUCCUCAAUUCCUCGGUAAAUCGGGUACACGUACUUUAUUUAAUAUUGAAUGUGAGAACGGUAGAAUAAUUCGUCGCCAUUCAUACUAUCCAAAAGAGAACGAAAUUCUUCUACUACCUGCCACACAAUUUCAAAUCAUUGAUAAAAUCGAUAUUGGUAGCGAUACACAUAUUAUUCACCUACGCGAAGUAGAAACACCAUUUCCAUUUCUGCAAUCGCCAUUCGAUACCACAUCUACGUCAGCCACGAAUAGUGCAGACAUAACGCACAAAUUCAAUGAAAUAGUUAUCAAUAAAGCGUCCUUUAUAUCCACAAAUACAAACCGAUCGACAAUGGAAAAAGUACUUGUGGCUAUCACAAAAUAUCCAAAAGAAAAGUGGUUGAAACAUGAAAUCGAACAGCACAGAGCGGACAAGGAUAUGAUUUUGGGAGGACAAAACAUUACAGAUCAAGAUGUAGAAAUCAUUGCUGAAGAAUUAAUGGCAUCGAACACAUGCUGGUACAGAUUGUGGUUAGGGAAUAAUAAAGUAACGUUCACAGGUGUGAGGAAUUUAAGUAUUGCGUUAAAAAUAAAUUCAACACUAGUAAAACUCUACCUUGAUUGGAAUGAACUGGGCGACGAGGGUGCCAUAUUAAUAGCUGAAUCACUGAAAACAAACAAAAUGUUGAAAGUAAUCAACUUGCAUUGGAACAAAAUUGGCGAUCACGGCUGUUUAGAAUUAGCUGAAAUGUUAAAAGUGAAUCAGACGCUUGAGGAGCUGCGGCUGGGUCAUAAUCUGAUAACGGACUCAGGAACGAAUUUUAUAUCAACUGCAUUAAUCAAGAACAACAGCCUCGUAGUUUUGGAUCUUCAUGAAAAUCAAAUAACCGACAAUUGUGUCAAGACUUUUUAUGAAGCAAUGAAAACAAAUCGAACAUUGAAACAGCUAGAUCUCACACAUCAAACGUGUAAGAGAGUUGAUGCUAAUGCGACUAUGAACGUUGCUGUUCGUGGAAAAAUUCAAGAAAUGACAAGUUUAUAA